AUGGGGUCUCCUUUCUCCUCAAUCGCUCUGGCAGCGACCGCUUUCCUUUCCUUUUCUCACCUCAGCCAUGCCAUCGCCUUGGACCUGGACGAUAGCGCAUCCAUCCGCGCCGUCGCCAAGACCUACGCCCAUGGCCUCAUGCAGAUGUACCCUGGCAAUCAGUCAGGCAUACCAGCCUCAGAAGUCGGCAUCUUCCCAAGACCGCACUAUUGGUGGGAGGCCGGCGCCGCGUGGGGGGGAAUGAUUGAUUACUGGGCAUACACCGGCGACGAUAGCUUUGUGGAGACAGUCCAGCAGGCCCUCUAUGCACAGAUGGGACCCGGACGGGACUUCAUGAAUGAGGCGAAGCGUGGAGAGACUGGCAACGACGACCAAGCCUUCUGGGCCCUCGCCGCCAUGUCCGGGGCCGAAUCCCGCUUCCCCCGCCGCGACACCGCCGGCGCCGCUGCACCCACCUGGCUCUCCAUGGUCGUCAACGCCUUCAACACCCAAGCCGCCCGCUGGGACCUGACCUCCUGCGCCGGCGGGCUAAAAUGGCAAAUCUUCCCCGAAAACGCAUACGGCUACAACUACAAAAACGCCAUCUCGAACGGCGGCUUCUUCCAGAUGGCCGCGCGGCUGCUGCACUACACCGGUGACUCUCGGUAUCAGGACUGGGCCGAACGCACCUGGGACUGGUGCGAGCGCAUCGGGCUCAUCUCCUCGCCGCACUACUUCAUCUUCGACGGCAGCGACGACAAGCUCAACUGCAGCGAGAUAAACCACCUCCAGUUCUCCUACAACGCAGGCAUGUUCCUCGGCGGGGCCGCCUACAUGUACAACUACACGAACGGCUCCACGGUCUGGGCGGAGCGGGUUGCCGGGCUCCUGCAAGGCUCCGCCGUCUUCUUCUCCCCCUUCCCAAACGCCACCGAUGUCAUGUACGAGGCCGCGUGCGAGACUAUCGGCACCUGCAACCUCGACCAACAGUCCUUCAAAGCCUACCUGAGCCGCUGGCUUGCCAAGACCUCCGUCCUGGUCCCCUUCACCGCCCCUGCGAUCCGCACCCUCCUCCGCACCUCCGCCGCGGCCGCCGCGCGGUCCUGCUCCGGUGGCGCCGACGGCGUCACCUGCGGCUCCAAGUGGUACACCGGCGGCUGGGACGGCAAGAGCGGCGUCGGGCAGCAGCUCUCGGGCAUGGAGGUGACGCAGGCGCUGCUGGUCGAGAGCGCGCCGGCGCCGGUCCACGAGGCGGAUGUCUACAUUGGGCCCGCGCCGCCGAUGGCUACCGUUGGUGUUCCGAAGCGGACUGUUACUGCUGAGGCGGCGGGCGUGACUAACGGUGCUGCUAUAGGGUCGAAAGUUGGAAAAGUGGUGCCGGGAGCGGCGGCUGCGGUGGUUUUGGGCUUUGGUGGGUGGUUGUAA